AACCACAGGGUCUCUGUGAGCAGUCUGCUGGUAUGUCAUGGUCUGCUGCUGGUGGGGACCAACCUGGGGGUGACAGUGGCCCUCUCUGUCCCUAGACUACAGGGCAUCCCCAAGGUCACAGGUGAGUGCAUCUUCUUCUGAAGAUUAUUCCAGAUGAUCAAAACAUCCCAAUGAGGAUUCCUAUGGCAAUCCAUCCAUUUGGUAUCAUAGUUUUGGGGUAAAAAUGGGGAUUUGGGAAGGGGUGUUUAAGGACUUUGAUAGCCAAUAGCAUGUCAUUGUAAAUGGAGCACAACAUGGGUUAAUGGGCCUCAGUCAUUAUCCUUCAGGUCCCAGCCCACCCCUGCCUGGUUAGUUUAGUGUAGCUUUUCUUAUAAUGAUACUGUCUCUCAAUUGAUAUAAUGACUCAAAGCCAAUUUCCGCGUGCCUCCGGUCUACAGAAUUCUUAGUCUCUGGAGGCUUCUGCCAAAAGCAGGCAAUUUCAAACAUGCAGUGCAUUCGGAAAGUAUUCAGAUCCCUUGACUUUUUCCACAUUUUGUUACAUUACAGCCUUAUUAUAAAAUUGAUGAAAUAGUUUUUUUCCCCUCAUCGAUCUACACAUAAUACCCCAUAAUGACAAAGCAAAAACAGGUUUUUAGACAUUUUUGCAGAUGUAUUAAAAAUAAAAAACGAAAAUAUCACAUUUACAUAGGUAUUCAGACCCUUUACUCAGUACUUUGUUGAAGCACCUUUGGCAGCGAUUACAGCCUUGAGUCUUCUUGGGUAUGACGCUACAAGUUUGGCACACCUGUAUUUGGGGAGUUUCUCCCAUUCUUCUCUGCAGAUCCUCUCAAGCUCUGUCGGGUUGGAUGGGGAGCGUUGCUGCACAGCUAUUUUUAGGUCUCUCCUGAGAUGUUCGAUCGGGUUCAGGUCCGGGCUCUGGCUGGGCCACUCAAGGACAUUCAGAGACUUGUCCCGAAGUUGUCUUGGCUGUGUGCUUAGGGUCGUUGUCCUGUUGGAAGGUGAACCUUUGCACCAGUCUGAGGUCCUGAGCGCUUUGGAGCAGGUUUUCAUCAAGGAUCUCUCUGUACUUUGGUCUGUUCAUCUUUCCCUCGAUCCAGACUAGUCUCCCAGUUCCUGCUGCUGAGAGUCUUUAGGUACCUUUUAGCUAACUCCAAGCGGGCUGUCAUGUGCCUUUUACUGAGGAGUGUCUGGCCACUCUACCAUAAAGGCCUAAUUGGUGGAGUGCUGCAGAGAUGGUUGACCUUCUGGAAGGUUCUCCCAUUACCACAGAGGAACUCUGGAGCUCUGUCAGAGUGACCAUUGGGUUCUUGGUCACCUCCCUGACCAAGGCCCUUUUCCCCCAAUUGCUCAGUUUGGCCGGGCGGCCAGCUCUAGGAAGAGUCUAGGUGGUUCCAAACUUCUUCCAUUUAAGAAGGGUGGAGGCCACUGUGUUCUUGGGGACCUUCAAUGCUGCAGACAUUUUUUGGUACUCUUCCCCAGAUCUGUGCCUCGACACAAUCCUGUCUUGGAGCUAUGUCCAAUCAAUUGAAUUUACAACAGUUGGACUCAAAUCAAGUUGUAGAAACAUCACAAGGAUGAUCAGUAGAAACAGGAUUUACCUGAGCUCAAUUUUGAGUCUCAUUGCAAAGGGUCUGAAUACUAUAUGUAAAUAAGGUAUUUCUGUUUUUGUUUUUUAUACAUUUGCAAAAAUGUCCAAAAACCUGUUUUCGCUUUGUCAUUAUGAGGUGUUGUGGGUAGAUUGCUGAGGAUUGUUUUUUUUUUGUUGCCAUUUUAGAAUAAGGCGGUAAUGUAACAAAAUGUGGAAAAAGUCAAGGGGUCUGAAUACUUUCCGAAGGCACUGUAUGUAGUUAAUACCAUUAUUUUCCAGUAACGUUAGCUGUUGAUUAGUGCAUUUGUAUGUGUAUACUGUAUAUGGAGUAAUGUGUGUCUGGAUAUUUGGCUGUCGUAGGACGGGGCAUGGUAUCUUUCCAUGCCCACAACGGCCCAGUGAAGUUCCUCACCAUGGCAGCCGCCGUGUGCAACCGGCCCUCAGGCAACUCAGACAGCCCAGGCAGCAGCCCACCCAGCCAGCCAGGGGACACCCAGGACGGGGAGAAGGCACAGGCCUCCGCACCUCCACCCCCAGGCUCCACACCCACUCCUGCUGCUACUCAAGGCCGGGGUGUGUGGCUGGGGGAGGCAGGCUGCACCUCCAUGGCACUCCAAGACUCCCUGUCGUCCUCCUGUGGCUCCCUGGCUCUGUCCCAGUGCUCUCUGGAGCAUGGGCCUGAGGAUGGGGCCAUCUAUGACCUGGUCAAUGACCCAGCCCGUUAUCAGAGGGGCAGGAGGGUCAAGGAGGUGGACGUCAGCUCUCUGCUGGUGGUGUCGGGGGGGCUGGGUCACCGCAGGGUCAACAGAAAGACCAGACAGUCCCGCCAGGAGGAGACGGUGUCCACCAUUAUGGUGUGGCAGAUCCCUCUUCUCAACAUGUAA